AAAGGCCUUACAUAAAAACACGGUCUUGGUUGUGCGCUGAAAAAAGAGAGAAUAAUGGGAGAGGAAAAGGGAAAGGGAAAAGAAGAAGAAGUGUUAGCAUCAGUUCACUCCAUUGUGUUCAAGGAGUCAGAAAACCUCGAUGGAAAGUGUGUUAAGAUUGAGGGUUAUGACUUCAACCUUGGCGUCAAUUAUCCGCUGCUACUCAAGUCUAUGGUUGCCACUGGUUUUCAGGCUUCGAACCUCGGUGAUGCCAUCCAAGUCGUUAAUCAAAUGCUAGAUUGGAGGUUGUCUGAUGAACCCAUAACCGACGAAUGCAGCGGACAGGAAUUGAUUUUGGAGAACCGAAAAUGUGUGACGUGUAAAGUGUUUCUGGGUUUCACUUCCAAUCUUAUUUCCUCUGGUGUUAGAGAUACUGUGCGGUUUCUUCUUCAGCAUCGCAUGGUUGAUGUAGUUGUUACAACUACAGGUGGCAUUGAAGAAGAUCUUAUAAAGUGCCUUGCACCGACAUAUAGAGGAGAUUUCUCUCUGCCUGGAGCCUAUCUGCGCUCAAAAGGGUUGAAUCGGAUUGGUAAUUUAUUGGUCCCUAAUGACAACUAUUGCAAAUUCGAGGACUGGAUUAUUCCAAUUUUUGAUAACAUGUUGAGGGAGCAAAAUACAGAGAAUGUGUUGUGGACACCAUCUAAGUUAAUAGCUCGAUUGGGGAAAGAAAUAAAUAACGAAAGCUCUUACCUUUACUGGGCAUACAAGAACAACAUUCCUGUUUACUGUCCGGGCUUAACUGAUGGCUCAUUGGGGGACAUGUUGUACUUCCAUUCAUUCCGCAAUCCUGGUCUGAUUGUGGACAUAGUGCAAGAUAUAAGGGAAAUGAAUGGUGAAGCUGUACAUGCAAAUCCCAGGAAGACAGGAAUGAUCAUUUUAGGAGGUGGCCUUCCAAAACAUCACAUUUGCAAUGCCAAUAUGAUGCGCAAUGGUGCAGACUAUGCUGUUUUUAUCAAUACUGCACAAGAAUUUGAUGGGAGUGAUUCUGGAGCUCGUCCAGAUGAGGCUGUUUCAUGGGGAAAAAUAAGAGGAUCUGCUAAGACUGUUAAGGUACACUGUGAUGCAACGAUCGCAUUUCCUCUGUUGGUUGCUGAAACGUUUGCUUCAAGAGUGAAACCUCACCAUUGAUGGAGGUUAAAGACGAAUUUACUGUCAAGUUCAUUUUAGUUGUGUUUGAGGAUCUUGAUGGACCAGUUUGCCAUUGGUAUUCAAUUUGACUAUCAUUUGAUUUCCAAGCUUCACUUAGCAUAGGAGACCAUUUAGGAAUAUUUGACCAUUCAAAUUAAUCCAUUAAUCCCGACAGUGUGGGAAGUAAGGAGUAAUGGAUUACAUGAUCAUUUUUUAUUGGAACUGUGGAUGACUGUAUUAAUAUAUAGGGCAAAUAAGGUUACAAAAACUACCUGAUCAUAUAUGGUACUUUUGAUAUUUUUACAUUUCAUGUUGGUGAAAAGCUAUAAUAGUACGACUUAUUCGAAUUA